AGGGAAGGGGGCGUGGCUUAGGGGGCGGCUCCCGGCGAGGCUCCCAGCCAAUCACAGUGGCCGGUCGGUGGCCAGCGUCUCUCAGGGCUGCCAGCUGAGCAACAGGUCGGACACCGAGCGGAGUUUCCAGAGUUUUCACAUCAACAACGGAGGGAAAGUUUUGGAGCAGCGGACGCGUGAGUGUGUGCGUGAGUGUGCGUGUGCGCGCAGCUGAGUCCUCGGCAGCCUGGUGCGGGGUUGUGUCGAUUCUUGCGGGUGAGCGGCUGUACGAUCCUCGGCAGUGUUCUGAGACUGUACGGCCCCGAUCCCCCACCUCCUCCCUCACCUCCUCCUCCUCCUCCUCCUCCUCCUCCUCCAGUCCGGUCCAGUUCCAGUCCGCCUGCUGCUGCUGGUGCUGCUGGUGUUAUGGACUGAGUAGUGACAUGAUCUGUCAGAGCGCUUCCAGAACCAGAACCAGCACGUUUCACUUCUCUCGCCUCUAAUAAAGAAAAGAAAAGAAAAGUGGACUUAACUCAGACUACCAGGGGAUUACAACACUGUUAUCGCGCUUUAUAGAGACCAUGACGGCCGAUAAGGACAAAAAGAGGAGCAGCUCAGAGCGUCGGAAGGAGAAGUCUCGGGAUGCGGCUCGCUGCCGGCGCAGCAAAGAGACGGAGGUCUUCUACGACCUCGCCCACCAGCUGCCGUUACCCCACAGCGUCAGCUCUCACCUGGACAAGGCCUCCAUCAUGAGGCUGGCCAUCAGCUUCCUGCGCACACGCAAGCUGCUCGCCACAGGCUGCAGCAGCGACGGUGACGGCGAUGAGGACAGACAGAUGGACAGUCUGUACCUGAAGUCUCUGGAGGGCUUCAUCACCGUGGUAACGUCCGACGGCGACAUGAUAUUCCUGUCCGAGAACAUCAGCAAAUUCAUGGGGCUCACGCAGGUGGACCUCACCGGUCACAGCAUCUUUGACUUCACUCAUCCAUGUGACCACGAAGAGAUCAGAGAAAAUCUCAGCCUGAAGGCAGCCGGCAGCGGCUUCGGUAAAAAAGGCAAAGAGCUGAGCACCGAGCGAGAUUUCUUCAUGAGGAUGAAAUGCACAGUGACCAACAGAGGACGCACCGUCAACCUCAAGUCAGCCAGCUGGAAGGUGCUGCACUGCACCGGACAGCUGAAGAUGUACAACAGCUGCCCUCCGCGAGGGCUGUGUGGUUUCAAAGAGCCUCCGCUCACCUGCGCUGUCCUGAUGUGCGAACCCAUCCCACACCCGUCCAACAUCGACACGCCGAUGGACAGCAAGACCUUCCUGAGCAGACACAGCAUGGACAUGAAGUUCACCUACUGCGACGAGAGGGUUACAGAGUUGAUGGGUUACACUCCUGACGACCUCCUGGGUCGUUCGGUCUACGACUUCUACCACGCCCUGGACUCGGACAGCGUCACCAAGAUCCACCACAACUUGUGUACCAAGGGUCAGGCAGUGAGCAGUCAGUACCGCAUGCUGGCCAAGAACGGAGGCUACGUCUGGGUAGAAACGCAGGGAACUGUGAUUUAUAACAGCCGCAACUCUCAGCCGCAGUGCAUCGUGUGCAUCAACUACGUCCUCAGCGACAUUGAGGAGAAGUCGAUGAUUUUCUCCUUGGAGCAGACAGAGUCCCUGUUCAAGCCUCACCACAUGAGCAGCUUCUUCACUUCUGGAGGAACAGGCGCAACCGGAGAGCCGGGAGACUCCCUCUUCACCAAACUGAAGGAGGAGCCGGAGGACCUCGCCCAGCUCGCUCCAACACCCGGAGACACCAUCAUCACCCUCGACUUCGGUUGCCCUCAGUUCGAGGAGCCCCAGCAGCCAGCAGGAUACAGCCAGGUGUCCGGCACAGCUAUGGCCCCUCCGGGACCUCCGUCCUGGGCCAGCGAGAGCCACAAGCCUGCCCCUCCGGCGUCGGGUCAAACCGCGGCUAAGAUGGCGGCCCCAUUCACCGUGCAGCAGAAUCCGCCGACGGGCAGCGCCACUCCGAGCCUCAGCAGCUGCUCCACGCCCAGCAGCCCAGGUGAUUACUACAGCUCGGUGGAGAGCGACCUGAAGGUGGAGCUGACGGAGAAGCUGUUCGCUCUGGACACAGAUGGAAGAGACAGUCCUAUAGAGACUGAGAGGGACUUGAGUGACUUAGACCUGGAGACUUUGGCUCCCUACAUCCCGAUGGAUGGCGAGGACUUCCAGCUGAACCCCAUCAUCCCAGAGUCAGAGCCCCUGGACAGGAUUCAAGCAGGAUCCAUGGGGAGCAACAGCAGCCUCGGCCAAAAACCCCAGAGCUUCAGCAACAUAGCCAGCCUCUUCCAACCGCUAUCCUCCCCUCCUCAGGCCCAAGGCGCCUACCAGCACCAGUCUGCUGCUGCUGCAUCCUGGGCUGCGAGGGAGAAGAGGGGCUCCAGCCAGGUGACCGUAGACCACACAGGGUCGUGCAUGAUGGGCCACAUGCAGAAUCCUCCGUACCGAGCUCCAGCCAGCACCCCUCUGUCCUCCAUGGGCGGCAGGCAGAACCUUCAGUGGCCGCCGGACCCUCUGUUAACAUACCAACAACGACCACGAGCCACCAAGUCCUACCUGAUGGACACUUUGUCAGGAGAGGAGCGCCUGUCCUGCCAGCAGAGCGUGCCACAGCUGAUGCAGAAACAGAGGUCCAUGGACAACUUCGUACAAGCCUACAGAGACAUGAGUCCGGCCAGAGUGGCCAUGGCCAACGGAAUCAAGCGCUCCUUCAAUCAGAUGGCUGUGAGUGAAAAUAAGCCGUCAGAGAUCCUCUGGAAGAAGAUGAGGGACGACAGCUGUGCCGUCAUGGAUCGCUCCCUCAGCGCGGGAUCACUGGCAGAGCCAGGGAUGGGGAGGAUAAUACCAGGCAGCAUGUCUUCAUGUUUCAGCUCUCUGCAGCAACACAGGAAGUCUCAGUAUCCAGGAAACGGGAUAGGUGGUGCGAGUGAGAAGCCCUUUUCCCAAAAGAGCUGCAACUACACACAGUAUAACCUGAUGCCAUCUAACAAAACUGAGGGUAUAGCGAGUCGUCUGCUGGGCCCGUCGUUUGAGGCCUCCUGUCUGCCGGAGCUGACCCGUUACGACUGUGAGGUCAACGUGCCGCUGCAGGGAACCCUGCACCUCCUCCAGGGCUGUGACCUGCUGAGAGCCCUGGACCAGGCCACCUAGAGCCCCAGAUUCAAACCCCUCGCCACAGACCCAGACUUCCUUCCAGCCCGGGACUUACAGCCUCUUUACCUGCGUACCUCGGGGCCUUUCUAAGAGCCCUGAGGCUAAGCUACUUAUAGGGAAUGGUAUUCAUAACCACAUCCUGUCUUAUUUAGCUUAUUUGGCUCAGACCCACUGUUCCCUGUCCCCAUAUAGCUUCGUAUCCAGACCAUCUAAACAAGCUACGAUAUCAGGGUCAAGCCACUUUACACCCCCCCCACCCCACCCCCACCCCCGAGCUCCAGACUCAUAUCAGAUGCAGGUUGACCCCCCACCCACAUAGACGACCCACACAUAUACAGUAACACGGGUCACUUGGUGAGUAAAGGUCAACACGGGACAGUUUAUCUAACAAAGAGUACAAAAUGAUGCGGCAGUCUGUCUGACCUGCAUCCCGAAAAAGUCUUGACACUGGGAUCUGUCGCCGGUUUGGUGUAAACGUCUCUCGCAGGUCGGUGUUUGUUGGAAACACAGAACCGGGUCUCUGGUGGUGUUAAAAGUGGUAUAAGUGACGUGGGAUUCAAACACACAACCUUCCUUAAAGGCCAGCUCUGCCCAAACACCUACAGCCAUACACCCUGACCACCAGCUGUUUCCUGCUUCGGCUUAGCGAGGUGGUGGCGUGGUCUCCGUCACACAGACCCUGAUAUGAACUCUAUGCAGCUCACCUCCCAGCCCUACUUUGCCUGUAUUAGCAUUAGCAUCAUUUAGCUCAGAGGAGAAGAUAUUAUACUACCUACAUGUUAACAGAGACUCUUUCUGUUGAUGUAUCUGACCAGCAGUUAGAUCUAGACAACUUUUUCUUUUAUUUUUAUUUUUGUUUAAGUCAAAGCCGGAGGUAAGAGUUGGGUAUCAUGAGCUGGUUCUGAAUAAAGUCUGUAAGAAACAAGAACUCUUUUACAAAACAUACUCUUUGAUUCUACUUGCCUCCCCAAAAAAUAUGACUUUUGCAAUCACGCCAAGUGGUAGGGUCGCCCGAUUGUUGUUGGGUUAAAGAGGGAUCGGGUAAAGUAUUAACGUGUUAUAGUCGCAUUAUUUAUGACAAGCGUAAAACAGUUAGUGUGCGAAUGUCGCGGGAGCUAACUCACUAGCUAACGUUACAUCGUUAAUGUCGAUUUGUGUUUUUUGACAGUCAAAUUUUACUAAAGUUCACCUGCAUGAACUGGUGAUUUUCCCCUAUGAACCUUUUAGAUUAUGUCAUGUUGUUAGAGGCACAAACGAGCAAAAAUUAGACAAAAUCAUCAGAAAAAAACCUACUUUUGUCUACAAAAGUGGUAAAUUCGUAGCUAAGCUACGAUUUUUUUUCCUUUUUCUUUCAUCAUAUUUUCAAUAUAUUUAAUAAUCUGAGUCAAAAAAUGAUGCCCAACUCUGCUCAAGCCUUUUCAAAACGCGCUGCCUUUUUCUUCUUCAGUAGUGCUGCUCUGUCUUUCAGGAGUCACGGUAGCAUUACAUCUGUUCAUCAGGUUUUAAAGACAUAUCUAUUAUAUCAUUAUUUGACUUCUUAUAAUCAGUCUUUUUUUUUCUUGUUAUUGAAUUGGAGACACUUUAAGCUUUUUAUCAAACCUCCCCACUUUGUUUAAUCCAAAUCGAACGGGACACUUUAACAUAUCAAUACUGCUUCGUUUCUCCUCUCUCAUUUAUUUUAUUUUUAUUUUUUUUACGUUCUUACUCCACCUACCAGGUUCUAUUAUUGUGUUAUUUGUGUCUAACUCACGGACACACUAAUACACAUAUAUUACAGCACAUGUACUCUACUGUAAGUUGAAUAAUGUUAAGUUUUUAUCUGUUUUUUUUUUUUCUUUUCUUUUUCGUUGAAUCUGUCUUUGAUUUGUCUCUUCCUGUCACGCUCCUCUCUCUCUCUCUCUCAGCCAUGUAAGUAGCUCGUGUGACUACAGGGUUUAUUUUUUAUUUUUUUUCUUAUUGUGCAAUUAUUAUUUCAUGGAGCUAAAGUUUAGUCAGCAACAAAAGCUAGCCUUACUGACCGCUUGUACAGAGGAUCUGACUUUAGACACACUGUAAGAGUUCAUGUGAUUACAUAUUUUACGCUCACACACACUUUUAACGUGACUAGAGGAUAAAAUCAGUGGUGUGCAACUACUGUCUAAAGAUUGACGAUUUAUAUUUUUAUGCCCUUAAUGCGAACACGUUGAAUGUUAUAGGCUGUCGAGCGCAGACAGAUUUGUUAUGUGUUUUAUGGGCUGUUACAGGCAACCGUUGAUUUCCAUUCAUUUUUUUUGUGCGGUAGGAAAAUCGGUCGGAACAUUUACGAGGUGUCAGUUGUGGAAUACACACAAGUUUAACGCAGGAGUGUCGCGAUAUCUGAUUUUCACUGCGCAGUUAUUGUACAAAUGAAUUCACAAUAACAAUAUCGUCACAAUUCUGUGUAGAUGAUUUAUUUUAUUUUUUUAAUGCUCUAAAUCAAAUUCAACUUUGUGAAAAUGUGUGUUUUGUCUCUUUUUUUGGUAAAUUUAAUUACAAAAAAAAAAAAAUCUUUAUGUUACAAGACUGAAUGUUAUUAUUUUUACCUCAAGUUUGAUAUUUUCUGAAAUGUAAUUAAGUAGUUUUGAUGCAUAAAUUUAACCAAAUUGCAGCCAAUCAUAAUAUAUUAUAACGUGUGGACUGUUUGUCAGCACACUUUAUUUUGAAAGUCUAACCGGACCUUGUAUUUCACAAAUUGUUGCUAACUUCACGUGCAAAAGUGAAACUAGACGGUAGUUAAGAGCGUUACAGCUUUUUACCUGAUUGGUGCUGUUGAUUAUUUUCAGGAUAAAUGUUGCAUUGCCUGUAAAAUGUAAGAAAGUAGUGGAACAAUUCACAAACUUGCUUUUAUUCCAAAAGUCCUUUGUGUUAUUGUCAGUGUUUUUUCAGCUUCACACUUAGAUUAAAGCUACAAACAACUCAGAAAUAAUAUUUUUAUUUAUUCUUUUUUUUUCUGUCUCCUAUCUAAAAUGUAACAGAGCAUUGUCAUUCAGUUUCACAUAAGCGCAGAAAUGAAUGGAAAUCAAUGAAUGUCUGGAACAGUGUGGAGAAAAAAGAAAAAAAAAACAAAACAAAACAUAUGAAUCAGAGCAACGACAUUAUCCGCCACAUAAAAGUAUCUUCAGAUUUGGUAGUAAAUGGGCUAAAAACCUGCAGGAUCACUGGUGACUCCCUCUCAGCUACCUGGAGGAUGUUUGAAGGACAUUUGAGCCAAUCACAGGAGGCUAAUCGGAGCGAUGACAAGGGCACUUUUGACUGAUUAGAAGGGGGGGAAACAAAAUUACGUAAGCUAUUAGAUCAAGAAGGACAGUGGAGGUUGCUUUCCUUUACCCUCUUUGCACACCAAUGCACAAACUAGAUAGUUAUGAGAUACAGCAGCAAACUACAUUAAUCAGACUUUAUGUAUGUACAUAGCAGCAGCCUCGGUUUCAGUGCAGCACAACAGCCUGUGAAGUGACUUGAAAGUGGAGUGUAUGUAUUAUUCUUUAGGAAUAGGACAAGGCCAGUGUUUUCUUAUAAUUAACAAGACGGAGUGGCUGCAAAUAUCAGAAAAGCUUUGACUGAGAGCAAAGUCGGAAUUUCUAUUAUUCAAACUCGACAUAUUUCACCCAAAUUGUGUCAGCCGAUAUCAUCAGUAGGUUUUUCUUUCUCUCUCUGUUUUUUCCUUUCCUGAGCUCUCAAAGUAUUUUUUUUCUAAUCUCACUCUACUUUUUUUUCUUUUUUUUUUUUUUAGAUCAUUGUCUUUGUGUGGUGACCACUUUGAGUAUCAGUUAUAGAGCUUUGUACACAUAUACGUUACGUAUUUUAAAAAAAAAAGAAAAAAAAGACAUAACUAAUGUCGGAGAUAGUGUUUUUAGUGUUUAUGUGUCCUGGUACUUUGUCCUUAUCUACCCCUGUAGAUGCAGAUGGAUCAGAUCCCUCGCAGUGCUGUUUUCCUCUCGUGCUUUGUGGUGUUUUUUUUUUUCGUUUUUUUGUUUUUUCCAGAGAUUUAUCCUUUAAAAAAAAAAAUGCUUCGUAUCUUAUAUCUUCAAAUAUCUAUUGAAUCUGUUGGCUGGGCAGUUCUGUUUAUGUUCUUUGCUUAAAGAAGAUAAAAAAAACAAAACAAAAAAAAGAUUAAAAAGUUCAGAUUUAAAGAUCAGUUUUCUAAGUUUCACUUCUCAGAUAUGUAGCAUUUUGAAUAUUCUUAAGAAGGUGAACUUGCCACAUAAUUAAUCACAGUUGCGUAUAUAAAAGCAGUGGUGCUUCAUUGACCGUCUGUUAUUUUUAGAGCUUUUAUUACAUCUGUUGGAUCCACUAACACUAUAUUUUGGUGUUCUCUGCUUCAUGCCGUGCUGAAAUUUUCUGUACAAGUUCAUUUUAACCCACAUGAUGUGCCUUAUCGUGACUUUAACGUCUGUCUCAACAAAUACCGAGUUCGCCCUUCAACAGCACAGUUUGUUCCCUGCAACCUGUAGAUGACUUCCUGCAAUUUUUUGGGGGAGGAAAUUAUCGACUAAAAUCCCAACAUGACGUGUGGAAAAACAGAUUCAAAUCCUGACGUCACACUGACACGUUUCUCCAAGUGUUUGCAGUCAGAUGACGUCAUGAAUAUAUGUCUGAUUUUAGAAAAUACUCUGUCAAAGUUGGAAUGAUUUUCAUAAUUACCCCCCAUCUUUUUUGUAGUCAGCAGCUUCCCUCAUAACCUUCACACAAUAGAACCCUUUCUAGAUCCGACCCUGUUAGAACCCGGUGUACCGUAGCUCCCCUGGUGAUGACGAGUCAAAAUAUAAAAGGUUUUAAAGGAAAUGGAUUCUCCCAACUCAUCAAACGACCUGACAGUCUGUUUGGUGAUGAAGGGUUGUUGUUUUUUGGGGUAUUUUGGUGAACAAAAGUAAAAGUUUUCCUAGGAGGGCUACAAGUCAGAGCGGAUAGCAUAGUGUCCGACAACGUUAGUGCAUCGUUUUUGCAGAUUCGCUUCACGCACACGUUAAGAGACUUUAACUUCCAACUGCAAAGCAAAUUUGUUUAUCAGUGAUCAUGUUAAUAAGCUUUGACGGUGUCGCUGUGUCUUCGCAGCGAAAUUGGUGGCUGAAAUCUUCUUAUAACCGCCUAUAAUGAGGUCCAAGUUUAAGAAUCUUACAUCCAGGUUGUGAAUUAAAUGCAUUUUGACCUGUUAAACAGGCUAAAUAUAACAUUGAGAGUAGAUAUGAGAAGAAGUAAUGUGUGGAGAGACAGAUGACGAGAGAUACUACACCCUGCUCAGCCUGCCCACUGAUGCAGAUCUCUCAGCGCCGUCGCUCAACACAUCACUGCUCGGUUUUUAUUCUCGCUUCACUUAAAGACUCAAUAACUCAAAUUUUUAUCCUGCAAAUUGAGCUAGCCUAUAAUGUGACGUGUUCUGCUUAUGAAAUCUUAAGUCGGGUUGAAUUAUGUUCCAGGUUAAGUGUUGAGAUUUUGAACUAAAUUGUGUAAAUGUAUGUGGAAAGAGUUGGCCUGAUGGAAGUCGAUUUUAAAAAUAUAAAUCUAGGCAGAGGGGAAGUCCUGCCCUUGUUUUACAACAGCAUCUGCUCCACUAGCUUUGUCCAGAUAUAUACAUUUAGUCAUUUUAACCAAGAUAAAAACAGCUACUAUUUCAUUUGGCAUUCAAGAGCUAUACCUGGGUGAGACUUAAAGCUUCAUACCAGGUGUGGUUUUGUGUUCUUUCAUUGUUUUUACUUUGCUAAAAUGAGAAAAUAUCACCAUUGUCAGCUUUUCAGAAAGACAUCUCUUGCUAGCACAUGCUAGUAGCACAGAUGCUAACCCAAAAAUGGGCGGGGCUUCAGUUAUUUAGACCUUAGAAGACGUAUCGCCAGUCCUAGCGCUCAACAAACUGUGCCGCUUGAAGGGUUUCCACAUGUUUUCAUUCGUCGCACUUCGUCUUCGAAGACAAACAUCAUCAUCGUGUUUCUUGUAGUAAACAGGGUUUUUCUUUUUUUUCCUUAUGGGAUCCAUGUUCUGCUACUCGUAUUCAGUUCGUGUCAAUGUCAUACAGUACAGUUAUAUUAGCUGAAUCUGCAUUUUUUUAUUAUUAUUAUUAUGCUAAAAAAUUCAUAUUGAUCUUAUUAUUAUCAUAUAUUGUUAUCAUUGUUAUUACUAUAUGGGGAAUUUAACCCAAUAAGAAGUUUGUGUUUCUGCACUGAUAUCUUAUUAUUAAAGCAUACUGAUCUUACCCUC